AAAUGACGCGAAUAUCAGAGUCUUCAACAGUUGAACUAAUCCCAAGCAAACAAACAUGUUCUUCAAGUACUUCAUCUGUAUUGCACUCGGAGGAAUUCUGUCAAGUUCAGCUGUUCUGUUAGAAGCCAAACCUACUUACCAAAGAACAGAUGAAAUAACUGGUCAGCUGGUGAUAUGUGAGAAGUGCCCACCGGGGACGUUUGUAGAAAAGCACUGUACCAGUUCACAUCCAACAAUAUGUGGGUCCUGCCCAGACUUGCAUUAUACUCAGUACUGGAAUUAUCUUCGGAAAUGUCGUUACUGUAACGUUUUCUGUGUGGAGCAUCAGUACGAAAGGCAACAAUGUAACUCCACACAUAACAGAGUUUGCGAAUGCAAACCUGGUUAUUACUUAGAGUUUGAAUUCUGCCUGAAACACAAAGUGUGCCCCGCUGGUUCUGGCAUGACUAAAGCAGGAACGGCUUUCGAAGACACAAUCUGUGAACAAUGUUCUGAUGACUUUUUCUCUUCAACAUGGUCUAGUUCAGAGCCUUGUAAAGCUCACACAAAAUGUGAUGAAGGUUUAGUGGUUAAUGUCCCAGGUAACCGAUAUCACAACACUCUGUGUACUCCCUGCAAGAAAGGUAUUGGAUGUUCUAUCAAUAAAACAGUGUGCAGUGAAGCACUUAUUCAGUUCGUGGCCUAUCAGAGGAUCCCAAUAAAGAAGCUUGUUGAGUUUCUUAAUUUACUUUCAAUUCACAAUGCUCGGAAAAUACAUAAGCAAAUAUUACCGGAGGACAAGAACAUGAUGUUUGUAAUAUUACACCCCCUGUUAACGAAAUGGAAAGCAGAUGUCGAUGAAGAUCACAUAUUUGAAAUAAUGGUCUCAAUACUUGGAAAGGCAAAGAAGGUUAGUUCUGAUGUACCUCACGAAUUUGAUGGCUGUCUCAUUGAUUCUCUGAUUGCCAAUUAA